GAUGGAGAAUCUCAAUCUCAACUUAAUAAUUACGAGAGUAUGUAUCAUUUACAAGAAAUAGAAGAGCAGAAACUUAAUCAGCAGAGAGAGGCUGAGAUCAGUAGGCAAAGACUCCAAGUUGAGCAACAAGAACUACAAAGGCAGCAGUAUGAAGUUGAGAAUCAGGUAUUAGAAACUCAACGACAAGAGGCGGAGCAAAGAGAAUUGGAAAGAUUAGAGAGUGAGAGAAUCGAAGCCGAAAGACUUGAAGCACAGCGAAUGGAAGCAGAAUUGAAUACGCAGCGGAAGUUACAGUCAUCAAACUUUAUGCAUCAGCAUCACACUUCGUCUUUGGUCGUUAAUCCCGAGGAACAUUUGCUCGGACAAAGCCUUACUGUAAACACGAAGGAAGCUAUUUCGGUUGUGCAGGGUUUGUGGCAAUCUCCUGACACGACUGUUAAUGCUUCGCGCUUUCGUAGUCUCCCUGUCACAUCUAGAAUAGUAGACUCGAGAAAUAAGUUAUCAUUUGAUAUACACAUGGACAGCUCUAUGACACAACAUGCGAUAUCCAGUAACAAGCAUCAUCAAGGAUACAACAUGCAAGUUUAUAACGAUCAAGAAAAUCAUCAAAGUUAUACACAGCAUCAUAGUUAUUCUGGUCAGGAUCAACACGUUACAUAUGGGAAUCCCAAUUUGCAGAACAGUUAUCAUUAUCAAAUACAGCAACAUCAUGAUCAUCCAGUGCAGCAAUCACAUCCUCGGCAGCAUCAUCCCCAACAUCAACACCAUCAUCAGCAAAUGAUUCCACCACAUCAGCAAAUACAUGCCAUGCAUCAUCAAUCUCUUUCUCAUCCACAGCAUUUACAAUCGCCUCACAGCCAAAUGCAGCAUCAUCAGCCGAACAUUCAUCACCAAUCACCGCACAAUCACCAUCAUCAGCCUCCGCACAAUCAUCAUCAGUCACCACACAAUCAUCAUCAUCAGUCACCGCACAAUCAUCAUCAGUCUCCGCAUGGUCAACAUAUUUUGCAUUCGCAGCAACCACAACAUGUACAUCAGCAUAUGCAACAUAUGCAGCAUUCUGUUUAUGGUAAUAUGUUACCCAAUGACAUUGGAUAUCAACAGUAUCCAGCAUCGAUGGAAGCUUCUAUGCUGCAGCAGAAUAUAGAACCGCAGAAACAAUUACACUUUUCGCCAUACUCCGAUCCUGAUAUUGAAACGAGCAAACCAUACAGAAUGCCACCCGAAUUACCCUACAUUAAAUCGCCUGGGAUGAAUCGUAAAGAUAUCAAAUAUCUCAAAAGCGCGGAAGAUAAAGAGAAUGCUAUCGUUGUGGAUUAUAACGGUCCGUUAGAAGAGAAUAUGAUACCCAAACCGAACGAGAAUAAUCUUUAUAUUGAUGAAAGUUUGGGUAUAACUCCUCUGACAACUGCUAACGAGACAUGUUUUACGGAAGCAUUUAAUGCACCGUUAACAAGUUCUACUCCAAUGACUAAUCAUUUCAAAUCAUCAUACAGAGUAAAAGACGAAUCGCAGUUUUCAACUCAGAAUACUGUGCCUCAAACAGUUAUAGAAGUACCUAAUCCCGAAGGUGAUGAUAAAUUAAGCGUGAUAUUGGAAACUACCCGGGAAUAUGUAUCAAGCAGUUCAGGUAGUAGCAAUUACACCAAAACAACUGGAUUGACUUUUGCAUUAACGAGGGAAGACAUGAUUCCAUUUAAAGAACAACCUGUGGAUACGAUUGUAGAAGAGGAAUCAAAUGAAUCUUUACUAUCCGUGAAUCAACAUUAUGAACAGAAGCAGUGUGCGCAAAUCCCAGCUGUGCAUGCUCAAAGUCCGCGUACGGUUCAACGGCAUGUUGAUCAAAUAACAUCCGAAAUAAAGAAUAAUUGUGAUCUAAGAAAGUCUAUGAAUUUAAAACUUAAUGAGGAAGACAAUGCAGAAAAGAUUGAUACUAUGGAAUGUGAAGAGCAUGAACCUAUGGAACAAGUAGAAGAAGAAUGUUUUGAGCUCCCAUCGAGAGAUAUAAAUCCAUUCGAUAAGAUCUUAAUAGCUGGCCUAUUGAAAAAAAUAAAGUUUCCGCAACCGCAUCAUGCAGAUGGUUAUAAGAGAAUAGAUACCAAUUUAAAUAAGCUUGUGCCUUCUACCAUGAUUACGCUCGACACCGAAGCGUAUGAUUUGGAAAAGUGCCUUGGAAAAGGAAUGUAUGGAACAGUUUUUAAAGCAAUUAAUUUGCAAACAGGCGAGACCGUUGCCCUUAAAACGCAAAGACCUGCUUGGGUUUGGGAAUAUUAUAUCGUACGGGAAAUAAAAUCGCGUCUUACAAAUCCACAUAUGCUACGUGGCUUUAUGGAUGUGACAAUGGCAUAUGUAGCUAACAAUGGAAGCGUACUAGUUUCAGAAUAUUCUAAGUUUGGGACGUUAUUAGCAGUGACAAAUCAGAUAAAGAUUGCCACCGGCAAGCCUCUGAUGGAGACCUUAGCUAUUUUCUUCACAAUCGAGAUGCUUCAAAUCGUGGAGUACUUACACAAAUGCCAAAUAAUACACGGGGACAUAAAGCCAGAUAAUUUUUUAUUAAUGCGACAACCUACGCAAGAUGUAAGACCAACUAUACAGUUGAUAGAUUUUGGAUGUAGCAUAGACAUGAAACUAUUGCCAGAAAAUACAACGUUUACACAAGUUAUAAAAACAGAAGAUUUUACUUGUAUCGAGAUGCAAACUGGGAGACCAUGGACAUAUCAGACUGAUUUAUAUUGUCUAGCAGCGACCAGUCAUUGUUUACUAUUUGGCAAUUAUAUGAGAGUGUCUAACGUGAGCGGUCGUUGGUUUAUUGCUUCAAAAUUACCAAGGUAUGCCAAGAAAGCUGCUUGGGAACAAUUUUUCACAGAGCUGUUAAAUAUCGAAUCAUGUGAGAAAAUGCCAGAUUUGGCAAAAUUAAGAAACAUGAUGGAAGAGACGCUAGCGCAAAUGCCAGAGGUGCAAGCGAAAUUUCGGACUUUUGUCAACAUUCUCAACAAACGAUAACGCUUACUAUAUCUGAUGACAUCUCUCAACGUGUACACAUAUUUAGCAAAGAACCAACGUGUAAUAAGAUACAUUAAUGUUAUUGUGCUAUUUAUUAUAAAAAAGUUAAUACUACAGUGAGAUAAAUAUAUGUAUCAACACAGUUAUAUAACACACAAGAAUGCACUUUACGGCCUGCUUCGUGGAGGCUUUAACGAUAUUCGUUGCUUGCACAUAAUCAACAUUAUUAGGACCACUGCAACGAGUCUAACCCCUCCAAAAUUGUUUCAGAAAUUUAGAAGAUAUGCGAAGAUUUAUACGAGAGAUUUUGAAAAUGUAUCUUGUUAUCUAUCACAAACAUGUAUGCGCUCGUUACGCAAGUUAUGAAGGAAUACUUGUAUAAUAUGAUUAACAAAUGAUGAAAAACAAAGUCUUAAAAAAAUUUGACUGUAAAAAUGAAUAGUACAAUAUGUGUGUGAUAGUACGAAUCCAGUUUGCAAGACGACAUGCAGAAGUGCAUGUAUACCGAGUACCUUGAGUACCUUGUAUAGAUAAUUAAUGUAUAUGUGUAACAUUGUAUAUUUAAAAUAGAUUUUGACUUAAAGCUAUUCGAUUAUAUUGUCAACGGGUUCGUCUUGCUUUCCAAUAUCCCCCGAAAUAUGUACUAUAUCAAUGAUAUUAAACGAUUGUUUCAGACAUUCUUCCCAAAUACAUUAUUAGAGCAAAACAGUGAGAUUUUAUUACAAAACAGCGACAUAUGACAAUUAUUUUAGACAGUUUUAAUUUGGAUAUGUGCAGGCUUAUUUCCGAGUGUCCACUAAACAGGCCUUUUAUGUAGCCUUUAAGUUAAGACUUUCUAAAUAUAUUGCGUAUGUGCAUAUGUUAAAAUAUUGGCAGAAAUUUCAAAAUUUUGCGUUUUGAUUUUAGAUUUUAUAUAAAGAUGCACAAGAACUUUUGGUUGUCCUUGAAACGUGAAUAUUAAUAUAAAUUUAUAUAUACAUACUUCAAGACACAGAUGUUUAAAUGAAUUAUAAUUGACAACCUAUCGUUCUUGUUUAAGAAUUUAUGAAAAUAUGCCUUAUCUUACUUUAAAGGUGUAACGUAAAAAAAAAAAA